AUGAAGUCGAUGCGAACGUCUUUCCAACUCUUUUCGAGUGACGUCCAGCAGCACUUGAAUCUCAUUUCGGAACAGCUCGAAGAAAUUAAUCGCCGACGAACUGUGAUCCCUCACGUAGCUGACAAGUACGACCCGGAUCAUCCCGACGCAGACUGGGGCGGCUACGUGCGUCGUUCGUACAAGAAGCGCUACUACACGAAUCAAUCUGGAAAACUGUUCGAGCCUCAGCAGAAUCCUUCAGACGAACAAGCGCCGGGAAUUCCUUUCCAAAGUGCCGUAUACCAGGUUGGACCUGGUAGUAAUGUUAGCGCCAACGACUGGAAAACAUCGUACGCCUCGCAGACAUCGAUGGAGGCGACUCCUAAAGAAACUUUUGUACUUGGAACGAGACAAAACGCGCAACACAAACGCCACGUGACGCCGAUGUAUGAGCGAGGGCAGCAAAGCUCUGCGCGCUCCCAGUCCCCUUCAUCUCCUUGGAGCAGUAGACAAGGAUCACCCUCGCUAAGUGGAAGUGGCAGCAGCGGGUCACUUUCUGGUCGUCGUAUCGACUCGCGCCGGUCCUUACUCGCUGGUAUCGGGAAGCUUGUAGCAGCUGAGGACCUCAACGACCUACACCCACCGCCAGAACGUCAUCUACCGGAGAGCUACACAAGCGCAGCAUCCAAGACUCUCCUAGCAGAGAACUAG